UUUCAACCAUGCGAAUAGUCUCUUCAUACUACAUACUGAGCUCGGAUUGUCCUUGACUUUGAGUUGAAAGAUGUAGGGUCCUCUGAGCAGGGAUGGAUUGUGUCUGCCUGUUGUAUGCCUGUGAUAGGUAACUUACGGUAAAUACAAUACCUCCUACGUCAAUGCUGGCGUUAAGAUAGCGGCGCACUAUUGAUGGACAGACAUCUCAUGCCCAAGAGAGAGUCUCCUUCAUUGCAUCCCCGAUGCUAGCCCUUGAUCGUCGCGGCUCCUUGCCUUCCUGCUUUUUCGCGGCCUCAAACACUCACUACCUUUUGAGACCUUUUGCUCCCUUUCGUCCUUCUGUUAGCUAUUGAGAAGAUGCGUGGCUCAGGGCGGUCAGAUAUCGUUAUCAGUGCUGUUGAUGCCCUUGAUAUCCGCCUUACCCUGACCAGCAAUGACUGCGAUAAAUAUCCAGCAAAACAACAUGCUCGCAGAGUGGCUGCGAAGCUUGGUAUCGCGGCUGGUCUGAUUUACCUUGUUGGUCAGCCUACAAUCAAUUGGGGAGAUUCAGAUCAGCCGCGUCCGUUCCGACAAAGGCGAUACUUCUACUACCUUAGCGGGGUUGAUGAGGCGGACUGCUAUCUGACAUAUGAUAUCAAGAACGAUCUCUUGACGCUCUAUGUGCCUGAUUUCGACUUGCACCGGGCCAUAUGGAUGGGUCCGACUUUGACAGUGAAAGAAGCUCAGGAACGGUACGAUGUCGAUCAAGUGCGGUACUAUGCGUCUCUCAAGGGUGACAUCCAGCGGUGGGUGCAUAACUACAACAAGACGAGUUUGUUAUAUAUACUCCAUGAUACCCAGAAGCCCCAGGUGUUGUCAAACGAACUUCGCUUAGAUGACGAAUCGCUGUUACCCGCCAUGGAUGCAGCCCGGGGAGUCAAGGAUGAGCAUGAGAUUCGGAUGAUUCGAGAAGCGAACAGAGUAUCUGCUUUGGCUCAUCGCAAGGUACUCGAAAAUGUCCUCCGAAUGUCAACAGAGGCAGAGAUCGAAGGUCUUUUUCUAGACACUUGCAUCUCCCAUGGAGCGAAGAACCAAGCAUAUGAAAUCAUCGCUGGGUCAGGGGAGAAUGCGGCCGUUCUUCACUAUGUGAAGAAUAAUGAACCGCUUCAAGGAAGACAGCUGGUCUGUCUGGACGCGGGUGCCGAGUGGAACUGCUACGCCAGUGACGUAACCCGAACCUUUCCCCUGGCCGCCGACUGGCCCACGGCGCGGGCCAGGGACAUCUACCAGUUGGUAGAAGAGAUGCAAGAAGAAUGCAUCAAGCGUAUACAGAAAGGCGUGCGAUUUCUAGACCUACAGGUCCUGGCUCACGUGAUUGCAAUUGAAGGGUUGAUGCGACUAGGCAUCCUCAAGGGCGGCUCAGUAGAAGAGAUUCGUGAGUCCGGGGCAUCGACCGUCUUUUUCCCGCACGGGUUGGGCCAUCACGUCGGACUCGAAGUACAUGACGUGUCUGCGAAACGGCUCACGGCUUUGGAGGGGGACAAGGAAUACUACAGCUCGACAUUGGUGCCGUCUAUGAGCCAUUGUCCCUGUACACUUUCCGCACCAUUAUUGGAGGAAGGUAUGGUGGUCACAGUCGAGCCCGGCAUCUACUUUUCCCGACUGGCUCUGGCGAAUGCACGGAAGCUGCCCUUUGGAAAGUAUAUAAACUUUGACGAGGCCGAGAAAUACAUUCCCAUUGGUGGUGUGCGCAUUGAGGACGAUAUUUUGGUGACCAGCUCUGGGCACGAAAACCUGACUACAGCUCCCAAAGGGGAGGAAAUGCUGGAGAUCAUCCGUCGGGGGAUCGACAAUUAGCCCGGCUUUCUAAUUUCAGCUUUUGAUGAAGGACGGUGUGCUGGGUCAUGGAUGGACACAUUUUCAUUGUCGUCGUGGUUUCAU